GAUUGUAAGUUCUCAACUUAGGCACAGAUCUCCACUGGACAGGAGAGAGAAAGGAGGGUGGUGAGAGAUGAGAUGAAAUGAAAGAAGGGGAAAGUUUAAUAUAGCUACAAGUAUAAGAAAAAUGGGCAUCUAGGGCACUGAAGAGUAUUUUAGCAUAUUGAAAGCCACCUAAAAAAGGGAAAAAGAAUACAAAGGAAAAAAGAAUAGGUGUGAGGUAUGGGCUGUCCGAUCCUGUGUGUUAUUCUGCUGUCCUCACUACUUUGCAUCUACGGCGUGCAGACUCUGGACUUGAGAGAACGGGAUGCGCUCUGCAGCGAGGAUGGGUGCUAUGUGCUCUACUUUCAGCGCAAGAUCUUCCUGGACGCCUGGCGGAGCUGCAAGGAACAAGGUGGGAACCUGGCCACCAUCAGGCAUCCAAAGGAAGCAGAAAUGGUGAAGGAGCUCUUCUCCAAUGUGGAACUGAGACCACACCACAGAGGCAAGGCAAACAUCUGGAUUGGCCUUCAGAGACAACCCCGACAAUGUUCUCCAACCCGGCCCCUGCGUGGCUUCUCGUGGAUCACUGGAGAUCAGGACACCCAGUACACAAACUGGCUAAAAGAGGAUUCGGUUAGUACCUGCUCUUCCCCACGAUGUGUGGGGAUGCCCUACAGCACUGCAGCCCAUGAGCAAGGGGAUAAUCUAAAAUGGAAGGACGGACCUUGUUCGAUUUCAGUAGAUGGCUACCUGUGCAGGUACAACUUCCAAGGCAUGUGUACAGCUAUUGCUAGUGAGGGAGGUGGGAAUACACUUUAUAGUACCCCUUUUAACCUGCUGAGUACCCUCUUAAUGCAUGUCCCAUUUGGAUCAGUGGCAACUGUACCAUGUCCUACUAUGGAUGACCAGUCAGUUCUGUGCACAUUAAAGGAUGAUGGAACUGUAGGUUGGAACAGGGAUCCACCUUUUUGCUCUGAUUUGACUAAGACAAGCUGGUGUGAUAAGGACAACGGAGGUUGCCAUCACUUCUGCAUUGAGGGUGACUCGCACAACUACUGCGAUUGCACUGAGGGUUUUCUCCUGGCUGAGGAUGGGGUAAGCUGCUUUCCGUCUGACCCUUGCAAUGGGGCUCCAUGUGAGUUUGAGUGCUUGCCUGUAAUGGACGGCUACCGCUGUGCAUGUCCUGAUGGCUACAUGCUGGCACCUGAUGAACGUGGCUGUGUAGAUGUCGAUGAAUGCCUGCAGAGUCCCUGCGAGCAAAUCUGUGUAAAUGCACCUGGUACCUUCGAAUGUCGCUGCCGGGAUGGAUACCGACAAGAUGAAGAGGGUGCCUGUGAAGAUGUGGAUGAGUGUGUGGAUGACCUGUGUGAACAUGCUUGUGAAAACACAUUGGGUUCCCAUAUUUGCCACUGCCAUCUUGGUUUUGCCCCAUUGCAAGAGGACCAGAGUCGCUGUCAUGAUGUUGACGAAUGCCAAAUUGAGGAAACAUGCGAACAGAUGUGUAUCAAUUUUGAAGGAGGCUUUGAGUGCUACUGUGAAGAAGGUCAUAUUCUUCAACCAGACCACUAUUCCUGCAGACCCAUCGAGGAGGACCUGGAGACUUCCACAACUACUGUGUCUAACCCAUUUACUUUUAACCCCAUUUUGGAACCAGAGGAUCCUGUCUACCCAUGGCACCCUCCAUCUAAGUCUGAUUGGGGAAUACCUCUGAACUGGCAGACUGAGCUGCCCAACGUGGAGACUGUUCCGACAGACCUGAUUUGGACAACUGAAGUGGAGCCUGAAACAACUACACCGACUGAAAACUCCCCUGAGGUCAUUAAUGUUGAGGGUGACCAUCAUCCAGAACAACCGGUUCAAAAUGCCUUUUUUACAUCAACCAUUCCGACGCCCACACCACCAGACUAUUAUGAGGAUGAGAGCACAACGGUUCCCACAGACCACCCUUCCACCACAGCUUUAGGUGGGGCCUGGAAUUGGCUCUGGUUCAGCUCAACUCAAUCAAAACCUGAGACACAGGAAACUGCUAAGAACCCUUUACACUUCCAUGAAGAUUAUGAAGAGUCUUAUGACCAAGGCCAUGAUAAUGAUAGGUAUAAUUAUGAUUCAACCACCUUUGGUCCAGGGCAGCAAACUUCCACCCUGUUCCCAAUGCAGUCACGGGGAAUAGAGGAGGUCAUCCUUGAGGAUGACAACAACAGUGAGAAGAGCCAAGGGACCAGCUGGUUGCUAGUUGGAUUGCUAGUGCCGCUUUGCAUCUUCAUUGUGGUGAUGGUGGUCCUUGGCAUUAUCUAUUGUACUCGCUACACAGUUAAACCACAGAACAAGAACGCAAGCGAUUGCUAUCACUGGAUUGCCGGUGGUGGUGAUAAAGCGGCUGCUGACAUAUCUGGUAGCGGAACUAAGUCCCAUGUUUAAGCAAGUAGGACUGUGACUGAACAGUGUGAAAAUGUAAAUAAACUUGGUUUUGUAACUUUACAGUAGUGGGACUUCCAAGAGGAAUUCGAUGGAUUGAGGAUAAGCACCCCAUCUAUUCCCUUUGACAUUUUUUAUCCAUAAUUAUUUAUGGAUGUUUAUCUGGACAGUUUGCUAUGCGAGAAAAGGGGGGUGGGGGGCAAAGAGGAAUGACUAUAAAACCACUAAGCCUCAUUCUCUGCUGACCUCCAAGAGGCAAUAAAAAUUGUUCUACUGUUGCUCACACUGAUCUCUUGGUUUGCGAAACAGUUGCUUAAGUCACAUGGCAAAUAAGAGAGCAUGCUUAAUAGAUGAGGAUACUUUCUUGAGUAAUGUGGGUUAUUUAUUUUUAAUUUGAAAGAACUUCCCAUCAGAAUAGCUGUGCCUGUGUCAUUCAAGUGAGUCAUGUCUUAAGAGAUUUGUUCUGUAAAGAGCCAUAACUUCAGUCCAUUUUGACAAUGUUAAGAUUUGUAUUCCCUGUGGUGAUCUAGGCCACGAAAAAGGCUUUCUAUCAUAUGUGUUAAAUGUUUUGCCACAAAACUGUGCCUAACAAG